CUGCGCCCAGGGGCCGGACGGCACCUCCCGCGGGGCGGGGCGAUGGCCUUAGCGUCGACACCACCUUCCUGCCCCGCCCCUCGCCGGCCAGGCCCGCCCCUCCUUCCUGGAGCCACAGCCGAAGCGGCGGCGGGCGGCGGCGGGCGGCACGGGAGACACGCGCUGUCCUGACCCUAUGCGGUGACUCGCGCAGCGCAGGCGCCUCCUGCCCCGCCGGCGGGGCCCGGGCUCCCCGCGGCGGGAUGUUCUCCCGAAGGAGCCACGGGGAUGUGAAGAAGUCCACGCAGAAGGUGCUGGACCCCAAGAAGGACGUUCUGACCCGCCUGAAGCACCUGCGGGCGCUGCUGGAUAACGUGGAUGCAAGUGAUCUUAAGCAGUUUUUUGAGACCAACUAUUCUCAGAUAUAUUUCAUCUUCUAUGAAAAUUUUAUAACACUGGAAAAUAGUUUGAAAUUAAAAGGGAAUAAUAAGUCACAAAGGGAGGAGCUGGACUCCAUCCUCUUUCUUUUUGAAAAAAUACUGCAGUUUCUACCUGAACGAAUUUUCUUUCGAUGGCAUUACCAGAGUAUAGGCUCAACGUUAAAGAAGCUUCUACACACUGGAAAUUCUAUUAAGAUAAGAUGUGAAGGAAUCAGGCUGUUUCUCCUGUGGCUUCAAGCACUUCAGACAAACUGUGCAGAAGAGCAGGUGCUGAUCUUUGCUUGCCUGGUGCCCGGUUUCCCAGCCAUCAUGUCGUCCAGGGGGCCCUGUACACUGGAGACACUCAUCAAUCCUGGCCCCAGCGCAGCUGACGCAAAGAUAUAUCCAGAAGAAAUCACGCCACUCCUGCCAGCCAUAUCAGGGGAAAAGAUCACUGAGGACCAAACAUGCUUUUUUCUUCAAAUACUGUUGAAAUAUAUGGUUACUCAGGCCGCAAGCCUGGAGUGGAAGCACAAGGAGAAUCAAGAGACUGGUUUUAAAUUUCUUUUUACAUUGUUUAGAAAGUAUUACCUUCCUCAUUUGUUUCCAUCAUUUACCAAGUUAACGAACAUCUACAAGCCUGUGCUUGACAUCCCCCACUUGAGACCAAAGCCCGUGUAUGUUGCUACAACUCGAGACAGUGAGAACACUUACAGCACAAAAACCCCUUACAUGGCAGCUCGCGUCGUUUUUAUUAAGUGGAUCGUGACUUUCUUUUUGGAAAAAAAGUAUCUAACUGCAACACAAAACACUAAGAAUGGAGUUGAUGUGUUGCCCAAAAUCAUUCAGACCGUCGGGGGUGGAGGUGCGGUGCCGGAGCGGGCGCCAGAGCUGGACGGCGGCGGGGCGACCGAGCAGGACAGAAGCCACUCGGACAGCGGCACCCUGUCCGAGCGCCGGCUCAGCAGCUGCAGCGUCUGUGGCGUUGAGGAGGAGCACCGCGCCGUGUACGAGAUGGUACAGCGCAUCCUCCUGUCCACGCGUGGCUACGUCAACUUCGUGAACGAAGUGUUCCGCCAGGCAUUUUUGCUGCCUUCCUGUGACAUAGCUGUAACCAGAAAAGUAGUUCAAGUGUACAGAAAGUGGAUCCUCCAGGACAAACCUGUGUUCAUGGAGGAACCAGACAUAAAAGAAGUUGCCCAAGAAGAUGCUGAAAAAUUAGGAUUUUCAGAGGCUGAUAACAAGCAGACCUCGUCUGAAAGUUCUGGUCACAAGCGAUCUUCCAGUUGGGGACGAACUUAUUCCUUCACGAGUGCUGUGAGCAGAGGGUGUGUGACCGAAGAGGAGAAUAAGAGCGUGAAGGCUGGGGCCCAGGCUAUGCUGCAGGUAUUUUUGACAAACGCUGCAAACGUCUUUUUGCUGGAACCGUGUGUGGAAGUUCCCAUGCUCUUGAAGGAGCAAGUUGAUGCGUGUAAAGCUGUUCUGAUUAUUUUUAGGCGCAUGAUAAUGGAGCUUACAAUGAAUAAAAAGACAUGGGAACAGAUGUUGCAAAUACUACUCAGGAUAACAGAAGCUGUCAUGCAGAAGCCAAAGGAUAAACAAAUAAAGGACUUGUUUGCCCAGAGCCUGGCAGGGUUACUGUUUAGGACGCUCAUAGUGGCCUGGAUCCGCGCAAACCUCUGCGUGCACAUCUCUCGGGAGCUCUGGGACGACUUCCUCGGGGUGCUGUCCUCCCUCACGGAAUGGGAGGAGCUCAUCCACGAGUGGGCCAGCAUCAUGGACUCCUUGACGGUGGUGCUCGCCAGGACCGUGUACGGAGUCGAGAUGGCAAACCUGCCUCUGGACAAAUUAAGUGAACAGAAGGAAAAGAAGCAGCGAGGCAAAGGCUGUGUUCCAGAUUCUCAGAAAGGAACCACCGUGGGGAGAUCCUUUUCUCUGAGCUGGCGGAGCCACCCCGAUGUGGCCGAGCCCAUGAGAUUCAGGAGUGCCACCACAUCCGGGGCGCCAGGAGUUGAGAAAGCGAGAAACAUCGUCCGCCAGAAAGCAACCGCUAAGCGAAGCCAGUCUAUCAGCAGCUGUGCCCACCUCUCUGAGGCUUUGCCCGCCACUAAAAGCGUCCCGCUUCUCCUCCACACCGUGAGCGCUCUCUUCCCUGGUCUAUCUUACACCUCUUGCUCUCACAGGCUGUCAGAAGUGGAAGAAUGCCCGCAGCCGGAAAAUGCAGCUGCAGCCGAAUCGGGCCCCCUGGCAGCAGCCGAGCAGCAGCCAAUGGUUCGGAGCAGCAGCAGCCCUGACGUCACGGAGCCACUGUGCUCAGAGGCCCCUCCGGAUCAAAAGGUAGAAAAUGCACAGAAUGUGAGUUCUUCAGAGCCCAGGCCUGUUCAGGAGAACAAAGGACAUGAGAAGAAAGAACAUGAAGGAAUAACAAUCUUAGUACGAAGAAGCAGCAGCCCCGCUGAAUUGGAUUUGAAAGAUGAUUUGCAGCAGACGCAAGGAAGAUACAGGGGGAGACAGAAGAGUGACAGUGUCAGCAGUGACCCUGCUCUGGGCUGCAACACCGAGGCAGAGCUGUCCCUGAGCCCGUGGCAGAUCUGCGAGGAAGACCCGGAACUGAUCACGCCCACGGAUGCUGUGACUGACUCAGAUGCCCGCCACUGGUUACAACUCAGUCCCACCGAUGCUUCCAACCUCACAGAUAGCAGUGAAUGCCUUGCUGAUGACUGUAGCAUAAUCGCUGGGGGGACCCUCACGGGUUGGCACCCAGACUCGGCCGCCGUGUUAUGGCGAAGAAUCUUGGGAAUCCUCGGAGACGUGAAUAAUAUCCAGUCACCCAAGAUCCAUGCCAGAGUGUUUGGCUAUCUCUAUGAACUCUGGUACAAGCUAGCGAAGAUACGGGAUAACCUAGCAAUAAGCCUGGAUAACCAGUCUUCUCCGUCUCCUCCCGCCUUGAUCCCACCCCUCAGAAUGUUUGCAUCAUGGCUAUUUAAGGCGACAACACUGCCCGAUGCAUAUAAGGAAGGCAAACUCCAAGCCUACAAGCUGAUCUGCGCCAUGAUGACCCGACGCCAGGACGUGCUGCCCAACUCGGACUUCCUGGUGCAUUUUUACCUCGUCAUGCACCUGGGACUAACCAGCGAGGACCAGGAUAUCUUAAAUACCAUUGUAAGGCACUGCCCACCCCGCUUUUUCUCCCUGGGUUUGCCCGGCUUCUCCAUGCUGGUGGGGGACUUCAUCACGGCCGCCGCCAGGGUCCUCAGUGCAGACACGCUGGCGGCUCCUCGUUUGGAAGCCCUCACCAUUCUCGGGUCUCUGGUCUGCUUUCCCAACACCUACCGCGAGAUCCCUCUGUGGCAGCCGGUGCCCGAAGUUACUGAAGUCACCAGGGGAACGGAAGAUGUCAAGCACUACCUCAUAAGUAUUUUACUGAAGAGUGCCACAGAGGAACCAAAUGAGUGUGCAAGGUGCAUUGCCAUUUGCUCCCUUGGGGUCUGGAUCUGUGAAGAGCUUGCACACGGCACGAACCAUCCUCAGCUGAGAGAGGCCAUCAACGUGAUAGGCGUCACUUUGAAGUUUCCUAACAAAAUCGUGGCCCAGGUAGCUUGUGAUGUGCUUCAGUUGCUGGUUUCCUACUGGGAAAAGCUUCAGAUGUUUGAAACCUCUCUGCCUCGGAAAAUUGCAGAAAUCCUCGUGGCCACAAUUGCUUUUCUUUUACCAAGUGCAGAGUACUCCUCAGUGGAAACAGAUAAGAAGUUCCUCGUGUCCCUGCUGCUCUGCCUCCUGGACUGGUGCAUGGCGCUGCCGGCGGGCGCCCUCCUCCACCCCGUGUCCACGGCGGCCCUGGACGAGCAGUCCGCGGCCCGGACCCCCUUGCUGGAUUACAUCUACAGAGUUCUGCACUGCUGUGUUUGCGGCUCAAGCACGUACACCCAGCAGAGCCGCUACACCCUGACCCUGGCUGACCUGUCGUCCGCGGAUUACGACCCCUUCCUCCCACUGGCAAACGUGAAGAAUUCUGAGCCAGUCCAAUUUCAUUCAUCAGCAGAACUGGGCAACCUGCUUACUGUCGAAGAGGAGAGGAGGCGGAGGAGCAUGGAGCUGAUCCCGCUGACGGCACGCAUGGUGAUGGCGCACCUGGUGAACCACCUGGGACACUUCCCCCUGCGCGGGGGCCCCGCCGUGCUGCACAGCUUGGUCAGUGAGCACCAUGACAACACACACGCCGACGCUGCCGAGCUCUCCCCCGACGUGUUCAGGAGCCCGAACCUGCAGUUGUUCGUGUUCAACGAUAGCACCCUCAUCUCCUACCUGCAGACACCCGCGGCAGGUACUCCUCGCGGGUCGCCAGCGGGCGCCCCCUCGGACGUGAGAGUGAUUGUGAGGGACAUCUCGGGGAAGUACUCCUGGGACGGGAAGGUGCUCUAUGGACCUCUGGAAGGCUGCUUAGCCCCAAAGGGCAGAAGUCCCUCGUUCCUGAUCUCGGGCUGGCAUCACCAAACACCUGGACCUCAGAGGGAUCUUUCUCAGACUGAGGAGGGGGAGGAUGUCCUCAACAAAUUACUUGAAAACAUUGGCCACACGAGUCCCGAAUGCCUUUUACCGUCACAGCUCCAUCUCAACGAGCCUUCCCCACCCCCGUGUGGAAUGAACCGUGCCCAAGAGAAGGAAAUCACCGAGAUCCUCCUGCGCCAGAGCGCACAGGAAGACGAGUAUGUCCAGAGGUGCGACUUGGACGUGGCCAUGAAGGUUGCCAGCCAGGAACCGCCAUCACCGGUGGAGCCCCGGGGAGCCUUUUACUUCUGCAGGUUGCUGCUCGAUGACUUGGGAAUGAAUUCUUGGGACAGAAGGAAGAAUUUCCAUCUGUUGAAGAAAAAUUCAAAAUUAUUGAGAGAGCUAAAAAAUCUGGACUCCCGACAGUGCCGUGAAACGCACAAAAUCGCAGUGUUUUACGUUGCUGACGGCCAAGAAGACAAGUGCUCUAUCCUUUCCAAUGAAAGAGGAAGCCGAGCGUACGAAGACUUUGUUGCUGGACUGGGAUGGGAGGUGGACCUCUCAACCCACUGCGGGUUCAUGGGCGGACUUCAACGCAACGGCAGCACGGGCCAGACUGCCCCCUACUACGCUACCUCGACCGUGGAAGUGAUUUUCCACGUUUCAACUCGGAUGCCAUCAGACUCGGAUGAUUCGCUCACCAAAAAGCUCCGUCACUUGGGGAAUGACGAGGUCCACAUCAUCUGGUCUGAACACUCCCGGGACUACCGUAGGGGGAUCAUCCCCACCGCCUUUGGAGACGUUUCAAUCAUCAUCUACCCCAUGAAGAAUCACAUGUUCUUUAUCGCGAUAACGAAGAAACCCGAGGUUCCGUUUUUUGGGCCCCUGUUUGAUGGAGCAAUCGUGAGUGGGCAGCUCCUGCCAAGCCUUAUCUGUGCCACUUGCAUCAACGCCAGCAGGGCCGUGAAGUGCCUCAUCCCCCUCUACCAGAGCUUCUACGAGGAGAGAGCUCUGUAUCUCGAAGCAGUAAUCCAGAACCAUCGCGAAGUCAUGACGUUUGAGGAUUUCACAGCCCAGGUCUUCUCCCCGUCUUCCAGCUACUCCGUCAGCGGAACUGAUACGUAAAGGCCUCAGCGCAGUCUUUGUACAAGAUUGGACGGUAAGGCCCAGUGAAUUUCAAAAAGAUUCAUAGCUUCAUUUGUGCUGCAGGAAAGUCCAGAGCAAAGACUGGGAAGAAAGACCUUGGUCUGUGGGUCCAUUCAGCAAACACCCCUGCACGCACAGCUCCGGGCGGGGGUCCAGCCCUCUUCCAGGGGCCGUGGCACAUCCACCCUCCAACCUGUGCCCACGUGGGCCUCCCUCUGCUUCCUUCCACCAGGCUGAGCCUCCUGCAGGGCGCCUCUCGGGGAGGGGGAGACGGCUGAGAGUCCCCCACUUCCCCACCAGAACCCCCAAACCCAGACUCCGGGAACAUCGCUGCCCUGCUGGUACCCUCAGCCAGUCUCCCCGUUCACCGUCUUCUGAAGUUGCAGAGGAAUCCCACCGAAAUGCUGUGGAUCGGACUUUCAGACUAGGCGGUGGCAUCUCAGGAACCUUGGGCUUCGAAAGAAGAAAAGAAAAAGUCGCCAACAACUGGAGACUCGCCCGCUGUCACGCGGCGCCGGCGGGGCUGCCCCUAGCAGAGGAAAAAGGAGAAGGUUCCGGGCUUUCCGGGAGGGCGGGGGGGCAGCCGACUCUGUCCCCCGGCCGUUUAUAAACCCAUCAUGUCUCACCGAGGGGCCGGCCAAAUGCCUGCCAGGUUGUUGGAGGAAUGUUCCUGCCUUGAUUUUUCUCAUUCUUCUUCUGUUAGGAUUUAUGGUUAGUCCAAAAUUUCAUCAUCAUGGAAAUUGGCUUUCCCUAGAGUCUCGAGCCCGGGGGAAGUUUUACCUCCGUUGCUGUGUGUAUUCCACCUGGCUCCUGAUGCCUGCUAACUGGGGAGAGGUUUCCUGCCCCUGGCCCUGCUGGAGGCCCUCCAGAUGAUGACGGUGAAGCUUCUAUCACAGAGCACUCAGGUGAUUCUAGAAACACAGGGUCCUGUCCCUGCAAAGCUCCCUUCCAGGCACCUCCAAAGGCUUUGCCCUGUGGUGCCCUGCCGGCAGGGGCCUCACACACGUUUCCUGACACACAGAGGUUUAGGGUGACAGAUCCCGAGCAGAGGGUGUGUGAUCCCUACUUUGUACCCAUUUGCCUCCCCAAGGAAGGCCUGUUGCAUCUUUUUUUAAAAAAAAAAAGAAAGAAAGAAAGCCCCACCUUCCAUCUGUGCUUGCCGGGCGCUCUUGCUGGGGUCGGGGUGUUGGGUGCAGGCCCUCUCUGCUUGUCAUCUAGGCCCUCGGGCCAUCUGCAGAGUAAGCCCGGGGCUCAGAACACGGAGCCGCCAGCUAAGGGCUUAGAAAGGUCUCUGCGCAGGUGCUUCCCCGCCCUCCCCUGCCCUCCGCCUCUCCACUCUUGCCCUCACCUGUGCACACCCCCAGCCUGCCUUGGCCACCUUCCUGCUGAGCCCACUUUCCCGCAGAGCUGCCGUUUUUCCUGACCACCCAGGUCCAGGUGGCUGGGCUGGUACCCGACGUUGGCAGGAGAGGUGGGCAGACCCAGGAGCCAGCCUUGGUGUGGGGACAGUGGAGAAAGGCUUUCCUGGAAGGCGGGGACUUCUAAUUCUCGAGGGAGCCUGUUCUUCUGUUUUACAGAGGAUUGCAGGUAGGACUUGAGGCCAGGCCCACAGAAAGGGGCAGCUCGAGCACCGUUGGGACCCGAGAGAACCAGGUUCAUUCCAAACAGAAGCAGCGCUCCGGGCUGGCCUGUAAACGGGGCCGAUUUGUUGCCUGAUUGGGGGCUUAGUGGCAACAUAAAGGGUGACUGGAAGUGACAGCCUUUUCUGCUGUGUUAGCAGCUGUCAUGAUUCUUAUCUUCCCGGGCACCCCCUCCCCGACUUUUUUUUUUUUUUUUUUUGCGGUACGCGGGCCUCUCACUGUUGUGGCCUCUCCCGUUGCGGAGCACAGGCUCCGGACGCGCAGGCUCGGCGGCCAUGGCUCACGGGCCCAGCCUCUCCGCGGCACGUGGGAUCUUCCCGGACCGGGACAGGAACCCGCAUCCCCUGCGUCGGCAGGCGGACUCUCAACCACUGCGCCACCAGGGAAGCCCCCCUCCCCGAAUUUAAGUGAUGUGGGCUGUCUGCUUGGUGUGCUUUGGCCCACGUGGCUCUGGACUCGGCCUCUUGCCGUUGCUCCACGUGGUACUUCGUUCCUGCGGGAAGGGCAUCGCGUGCUCCUGGGCUCCCGAGUGCCACGUAAGCUCUAGCUUCUGGGAGAAUGUGUCACCUUCAGGCUCUAGAAUACCCCUGUUGCAGAAUUCUUGGAUUUAGUCAGUGUCAGGAUUCAGAAUCAUAUUGAACCCCCGCCCGCCGGACUCCUGCACCAUGAUUCCAUUUCAUCUCCAGGAACCAGUCCUGACCUGGAGUGGGACAUCCGGUUGUAGGCAGCAAAUAGGUAGACCUUCCUACAAUCCCUAAUGAUUUUUGGCAGCCCCAUGACCCUAGAGGACAGCCAGAAGCUUUAUGGCUCUUCGCAGUAACAGCUGUGGUUUGGAGAUUUGGAACCGGGAGACAGGAACUCUAGCGACCAGUUUUGCUCGCACUCACACGCGCUUGAAUCGUUCUUGUUAUUUGGGGUGGAAAAUUGAAAUGAUCGCUUUUUUUUUUUUUUUUUCACUUAGAAAAGCAAAUAUUGAGCUUCUGUAAUAAAUGCCUUUCAGCAAAAUUGCCGAGGGUCACUCAUCCAGUGGGGACCCCACCUGAGUCACAGUGCUGACUCGUCACAUUAGUAGGUCAGCCGUCUGUAAACAAAAGUGGCCCUAAGUGGCCCAAAAUAGAUAAGACUUGCUGGCUUCCAGGCAGGGCCAGGCCAGUCCCCUCACUUCUCUGCACACUGAUUUCCAUCUGAAGCAAAGAUGUUGUUCUAUAGUCUCACUGGGUAGGUUUUUGUACUUAAAAAAAUAGUAAUUCCACAAAAUGAUGACAUUUUAAAUGGUAAAACCUUAAGUAGACAGCAUUGAGGACUUGUAGCUCGGGUAAGCGACUGUCACAGCGUCUUCCUGCGGUUAAGGCUGCAGUUCCCAACGGCCACUAGGAAGGAGGGGGUUUCAGCCUUGACCCUGUGAGAGAGGCUGGCUUAUGGGACCUUAGCCUUACCAACAAGAUCAUGUGGAUCGGUAGACAAUGCAAAUCACGUCUUCCUGACCUUCCUCAGGUGUGACCACCCGUGCUUCAUUUACUGUCAUAUCUGUAUCAUCUGGAGGUUUGAAGGAUGCUUUCAUGUUUACUGUGAUGUCCUAGAUGUAACUGUGCUACCUUCAUAGCUACUGAAGGGGAAUGUCCACAUCCGAAGGGAAAUUCAGCAGGAAACAACCACGUUUUAGUUGCACUAGUACCUAUGUAUGACAUACACAUUAAGUGAAUGUUUUCUUAUGUUUUCUGGUCUACAAUAUUUAGUACAUGUAAAUGAGGAUGAAAUUUGAUAAACAUGGUAAAUUAAGUUAUAGGGUGUCAUUUGAUUUCUAUCUUGCUCUCUCUUGUUAUUUAAUUUUCCUGAUGCACCACAUCUGGGCUUAUACCUCCAUCGGUGUAGACUUUGCCUGUAACCCACUUGGCAGGCAUGGUGCCCCGUGGUGAGGGGUGACCCUCGCCCAGAGAAGCACACGGCUCACCGAUGGCCACUACCUGACUCUCCAGUUUGCCCUCUGUCUUUAAUUCUGAUUUACUGUGACGACUUAAUAAAGUAGAAACACGGUAUUCAUGUGCCACAUGGUUCUCUUAUUUUCAUUAUAGUUUGUAGGAAAAUAAAGUUUAU